UACGACAGUUAUUUAGUUUAUAAUAUUUUCGCUUAGUAAUUUAUUCAAUAGUAUUUUCUAGUUAGAAUUAGAAGUGUUUAAAGUGUAUUCAUUGCAUGUAAAAUAUAUCGGCAUGCGAUGACGUCACAUCCGGUUUCGCCGCGUCUUGUGGGAAAACACCGGUUUGAAAUUAGCGCGAGGGUGGGGGCUUUCCACGAGGCUCACCUGAGCACAAGCAGUUUUGCAGGCAUGAGAAAUCACAGUGAGAGCAACGCUGUAAGUUAAUAGAUAAUCGAUAUAUUGAACUAAGAUGUUAAUGCUGAUCCUGUUAGAGGUAACGACGGUAGAUAAUGUUUAUGCUUUCGUUAGUUAAAGAGUCGCAGAUAGUUUGCAUGGAAGUGUAUUUAAAGUAGUCAAUGGAGCAGGUAAACUCUCCCUGUAUACUGCACCUUAGUGUAAUGUAGUUAUAGUCACCUUUGCAAGUAUUUACACUUGAAAUGUGAUAUUAAGGAAGGAACAAAUACUGUAUCAAUCUUGUAUUGUUUUAUCAACAGUUUUCACCAUAUGUUAAUGUGAAGAGUGAACAGUAAAUGGUUAAUCUUACUGCGAUCUGGUUUGCAUUGGCUGUGGUUUAUCCGGACGUUAAAUUCGGCGUUUCGUUACACCCGAAGGAGAACGUUACAGUAAGGUUAAAAAUGACAAGGAAUUUGUCUACGGGAAUCUCAAACAGAUCACGUCAGGUUUGCUGUCUCUAUCCAGAUAUUUAAGACGAGGAGCAAGGGAUUCAUUCAACCUUCCUUCCUGCUCAGACUGUGUGGAGGGAUUCAUUUGCUCAUCUGACUGACUGGCACACCCGUUAUUUUACACAAGAGAGAGUCCGUUCAUAUUCUCAGACUGUGGGAAGGGAUUCACUCGGUCAUCUCAACUGAAGGAACAUCAGCGGGUUCACACUGGGCAAGGCCAUUCAUCUGUUUUGUGGGUGAGAAGGGAUUCAGUCACUCUUCCCAGCUGUGGAGACACCAGUCAGUUCACACUGGGCAGAGGCUGGUCAUCUGCUGAAUUUGUGGAGAAGGAUUCAUUCGGUCAUCUGAUCUAAUGGCUCAUCAGCGAGUUCGCACUGGUGAGAGGCCAUUCACCUGCUCGGACUGUGGGAAGGGAUUCAAAUACUCAUCUAAACUGAAGGAACACCAGCGAGUUCACACUGGAGAGAAGCCGUUCAGCUGCUCAGACUGUGGGAAGGGAUUCACUCGGUCAUCCAACCUACUGACACACAGGUCAGUUCACACUGGGGAGAGGCCGUUCACCUGCUCGGACUGUGGGAAGGGAUUCACUUGGUCAUCGGACCUACUGGUACACCAGCGAGUUCACACUGGAGAGAGGCCGUUCACCUGCUCAGACUGCGGGAAGGGAUUCACUUGCUCAUCCCAACUGAAGGUACAUCAGAGAGUUCACACUGGGGAGAGGCCGUUCACCUGCUCAGAUUGUGGGAAGAGAUUCACUCGGUCAUCUGAACUACUGGUACACAAGUCAGUUCACACUGGGGUCAGGCUGUUCACCUGCUCGGACUGCGGGAAAGGAUUCACUCGGUCAUCCACCCUAAUGGCACACCAGCGAUUUCACACCGGGGAGCGGCCAUUCACGUGCUCAGACUGUGGAAAGGGAUUCCCUUGCUCAUCUAACCUGAAGGAGCAUCAGCGAAUUCACACUGGAGAGAGGCCGUUCUCUUGCUUAGACUGUGGGAAGGCAUUCAUUUCGUCAUCUAAACUGAAGGUACAUCAGCGAAUUCACACUGGGGAGAGGCCAUUCACCUGCUCAGACUGCGGGAAGGGAUUCACUCAGUCAUCUGACCUACUGGUACACCAGUCAGUUCACACUGGAGAGAGGCCGUUCACCUGCUCAGACUGCGGGAAGGGAUUCACUCGGUCAUCCAAACUACUGGUACACCAGUGAAUUCACACUGGGGAGAAGCCGUUCAACUGUUCAGUCUGUGGGAUGAGAUUCAGUCAGUCAUCCACCCUACAGAGACAUCUGCGAGUUCACACUGGGGAGAAGUCGUUCACCUGCUCAGUCUGUGGGAGGAGAUUCACUCGGUCGUCCCACCUACUAAGUCAUCAGCGAGUUCACACGGGAGAGACUGUUCACCUGCUGUGAAUGUGGGAAAGAAUUCAUAUGGUCAUCUUGACUACAGAGACACCAGCAAGUUCACACCAGUGGUAGAGUCUGUUCACCUGCUCAGACACUGGGAGGAGUUUCUCUCAGCCUUCUCAAUCAAAUGUGCAUGAUUGAGUUCAGGCUGGGUACAGGCCGUUCACCUGCUGUGAAUGUGGGAAGGGAUUCACUCAGUAACCUAACCUUGUGACACACUACUGGGUUCACACUGGGGAGAAAGUUUCAGUAAGCUUCAUGCUGGAGAUUUGUCCAUCACCAUUGCUGAAUGCAAUUUCUUCUGGAUAUUCACCUUUAAUGGGACUAGAGUUUACAAUCUGGAUCUGGGAAAAAUAAAUCAGUUCA